AUGUUUGUGGAAUUGGAAACUUUUAUCACUCCAGUGGUUGAACAAAAGGAUAAAAUUCUAUAUCAUAAUUUCACUGAAUUUAAUAUUAUGAAAAAAGAAUUUGAAUUAUUUGGUUAUGUACAACCAACUAAUCUUAAAGAAUGGAAUUGCGUGGUUAAAUUAAACGAAAUUGAGAUAACUCUUUUUUAUUUAAUCACAACCAUUUUAUUUUUUGGUCAUAUUUCACUCCAUAUAUUUUAUAUUUGUGGAUGGUUUACCGGGUACAAUGAAUUUUUGAAAACUUUACAAAAUUAUCGUGAAACAAUGUCGAUGCAAGAAAUUAAUUCAAUAGGUGAAGAUAUGUACGCUCAAGAAACUAUUUUGUCUACGGGUCAUAUUACACGAAGUAAUACUUCUAUAACUCAUGAAAUUUUUAAUACAAGUUUUGAUAUGUCAAAUCCAUCAUUAAAUUAUGAGGAAUUAACCAAUUCAAAUGAUGAUAAAAAAUUUCAGAACGACAUUUAUUUUAAGGAUAAUAUAGAAAAUUUUACACAUUUCACUCCCUCAAUUGAUGACAAUGCUACAGCUAGUCAAUUGUUGGAAUUAUUAAGGGAAAAAUCUCAUUCUACAAUUGUUGAUGAUGAUUUAUUUUCUACCCAAGUUACUACUUGUAACCAAGAAUAUCAAAAAGAAUAUACGACAAAUACUAACAAUCAAGAUUCAAAUGCUUUCACUUCCGAGGAUGAUUUACCUCAAAGUCCAAAAGAAUAUUUAGGCGGACCUUAUGUUGAAAAAGUACUGAUUUGGUCUGCAGCUCAAGGAUGGGAAGCAAAGCAGCGUGCACCUUGGCAUUGGAUUCAUACCAUUGGAACAGGGUUUGAUAUUUUGGUUCAUAUGGUAUUUGUUAUGUGGCAUGUAAAGGUUUUAAAUAGUUUGUGA